GACUGUUUUCCCAAUGAAACCUUGCUGCAAAUGACGUCAAAAGAUCAGAAUUAUGGCUGCCUGCUUGGCUACUGUUUGGAUAGCUGCUCUGAUAUCCCUAUCGCUUGCGUCUGUUGCUCCUAACAUUGAAGAAUACCAGCUAGAUCGGAUCGAUGUGUCGCCGAGAGUAGAAGAAGACGUCACAUGGCCAGGUUUUCCACAUUUAGGCCAAGUGUCAGCUGUUGGCGUCGAUGGUGACGGAAACCUCCACGUCUUUCAUCGAGGAGACAGAAUCUGGGAUGCACAAACUUUUGAUUUGAGCUUCAGGUUGAGAGACAUUUUGCAAGGGGCCAUACCAAACGAUACAGUAGUAGUAAUCGAUCCCAGUAAUGGCAAAGUCUUAUAUUCUUGGGGAUAUAACACGUUUUUUAUGCCACAUGGGUUGACAGUUGAUAGGUUUGGAAACACAUGGUUAACAGACGUAGGUUUGCAUCAAGUGUUCAAGUUCCCAGCGAGGGAAAACAAACCAGAGAUGGUAUUGGGUGAAGCUUUCAUGCCAGGGGCAGGUAAAAGUCAUUUAUGCCAGCCUUCCGAUGUAGCAGUCACACCUUCUGGGACUUUCUUUGUCAGCGAUGGGUACUGCAAUUCCAGAAUUCUAAUGUUUUCCAAGAAUGGUCGAUUGCUGAAGGAGUUCGGAUCCAAAGAUGGCAUGCAUGUGCCACACAGUCUUGCACUAGUGCCUGAACACGAUGCAGUAUGCGUUGCUGACAGAGAGAAUGGCAGAGUUCUAUGCUAUGCAACAGGAACUGAUGGCACUACACCCGGAACUCGAUUGGCCAGUAUUGAAGGUCAAGGACUCGGAAGGGUGUUUGCUAUAGACACAAGAGGUGAGAUCGACAAGUGACUAAGACGAUUCCAUAAUGUUAGAGUGGAAAAUUUGGGAAGGAGGGAAAAA